UUCAUACUGGUUUCCUCUGGAUGGCGGACACACACCCUGACAAUCAACACGCGUGAAUACAUAAUUUGCAGACCAUGAACUAUGUGGGUCAGCUGGCGGGCCAGAUGUUUGUGCAGGUCAAGGAGCUGUACAGAGGUCUGAACCCCGCAACACUGUCCGGAUGCAUCGAUGUCAUUGUGGUGCGGCAGCCCGAUGGCUCCCUGCAGUGCUCCCCCUUUCACGUCCGCUUCGGCAAGAUGGGUGUCCUGCGAUCCCGUGAAAAACUGGUGGACAUAGAGAUCAAUGGAGAGCCGGUGAGCUUGCACAUGAAGCUGGGAGAGAAUGGAGAGGCCUUCUUUGUCAAAGAGACGGAGAACAUGCUGGAAGUUGUGCCGUCCUACUUGGCAACAUCACCCAUCAUGUCAAUCGGAGAGGAGUUAAUGGAGUCCCAGCUGGGAAGGGGCCUUCCUCGUCACCAUGACACCUUACCCUGUGGCUCGCUUCCCGUCCAGAGCCUGGGACACCAGCAAAGUGAUGGUGUGGUGAACAAGAAGAGGAGGAAGAGGAGGAGGAAGAUACGGCCAGAGGGAGCUGGAGGUGGAGGAGGGAGACGAGAAGAGAGUGGGGAAGAGACGGACGAAGACAUGUUUACUAUUGACUUGAGCUCGGACGAGGAAAGAGACGCUGACGUCAGCAGGCUUAUGUACAGUGAUCAUGGGACUACAGCCAUCACCCAUACACAACCCAGCACUGAUUGGACUCGUUCUCAGAGUCAAGCGAUUAAGGAGACUCUUUCCAUCCCUCCACAAUGUGGUCUGUCCUUCUCCUGUCCUCAGCAGACCUCUCACUUCCCUUCUCUUGUUAGCGGCCCUGAUGAUGAUUCAAGGUCAUCAACACCAAAGAGCGACUCAGAGCUAACCACUCAGGAUAAAGACAACCCAGAAAUGCUGUGGACCUGGGGGGAGCUGCCACAGGCUGCCCAGCCGGCCUUCCUGACUUCCCACCUGAAGCAGGAGCUGGCCCCCACAGUCUCCGUCCCACUGUCUGCCAACACUCACUUCAGAGCUAUCAAUGACAGAGGACCCCCUUCCCUCUCUCUCUAUGGCCCCCAGCCAGGGGAGAGCACUGCUACUGGUGGGCAUGAGGACCCUGAGGAAACCAGACACAAAGACAGAGAUGGCCUAUGUGAUAAGACUGGGGACACGGCUGGAGGGGAGCAAGAGAGGCAGGUGGAGAAUCUGGGGCCGUUGUGUACGGAGAUUGAGCGUCUAACAGCCGGCUCAGUGUCUCCCAGGAUUCUCCUCGAUCAUCUGGAAGAAGGUGGAAACAGAGGAAGUCCCAUCAGAGCAACUGAUUCACCAUCCAAGAGGAAAGAAAAGAGAAGCCAACACCUGGGUUCUGAUGGUGUGUACCUGGAUGACCUUACAGAGCUAGAGCCUGAAGUCGCUGCUCUCUACUUUCCUAAAAGCGACGGAGGCGGCAGCUCGAUGAAAGCAGACUCGGAGAUGAUGAUGAUGGGAGUGCGAGGGGGGAAUCAAUCGCCCCAGUCAGUGGGCAGCAGUGGGAUGGACAGCGGCAUGGACAGUCUGUCCGACCCGUUAGGAGACAUGCCUCACGUCACCAUCUCUUUGUGUGGAGGGCUCACAGACAACAAGGAGAUAACAAGAGAGCAGUUCCAGGAGAAGGCAGUUUCUUACAAGCAAUUCUCAGAAAACCCAUCUCUUAUUGAGGACCCCAACCUGGUGGUGAAAAUAGCAAACAAAUACUACAACUGGAACUCAGCAGCUCCCGUCAUGCUGGCCAUGCAGGUCUAUCAGAAACCUCUGCCGCAGGCCUCAGUGGAGAACAUCAUGAAGGAGAAGAUGCCAAAGAAAGGAGGACGCUGGUGGUUCUCGUGGAGGAGCGGGAACAGUGAAUCAAAAUCGGAUUCAGUGUCAGAGGCCGGGGGAGUCGGAGGAGAGAGCCCCCUCACGAUGGCCUCAGUCAACAGAAUGAAGGAUGAUUCGUCCUCGAGUGAUGAGGACCACAGAUCCUCCAAUCACGUGUCAGGAUCCUGCCAGUCAGAGCCCAUGAUGAGUUCUGGCAGCAUCUGCUAUACGAAGACUCUGCGGCUCACCUCUGAGCAACUGGCCAGCCUGCAGCUGAAGGACGGUCCUAAUGAGGUGGUGUUCAGUGUGACAACUCAGUAUCAGGGUACCUGUCGCUGCAACGGCUCAAUUUAUCUUUGGAACUGGGAUGACAAGAUAGUCAUCUCCGAUAUAGACGGAACCAUCACAAGGUCCGACACGCUGGGUCACAUCCUCCCCAACCUGGGUAAAGACUGGACCCACCAGGGAAUCGCACGGCUCUACCACAGAGUCAGCCUGAACGGAUAUAAAUUCAUGUACUGCUCGGCGAGGGCCAUCGGCAUGGCUGACAUGACGAGAGGCUACCUGCACUGGGUCAACGAGAGGGGAACCAUGCUGCCAAUAGGUCCGGUGCUGCUCAGCCCCAGCAGCCUUUUCUCUGCCCUGCACAGGGAGGUGAUUGAGAAGAAACCAGAGAAGUUUAAGAUUGAGUGUCUCACAGACAUUAAGCAGCUUUUCUACCCCAACACUGAACCUUUCUACGCUGCCUUUGGCAACAGAGCUACAGAUGUGUAUUCCUAUAAGGAGGUGGGUGUUCCACUCAACAGGAUUUUUACUGUCAAUCCCAAAGGGGAGCUCAUACAGGAGCAUGCCAAGACAAAUAUCUCCUCCUUCGGGCGUCUCUGCGAUAUGGUCGACCAUGUCUUUCCAGUCCUGAUUCAAAACGGGGGCUCAGACCUCCCCUGCUCUGACACGUUUGACCAGAGCGACUACUGGAACAAAGCACUGCCUGAUGGCGCCAACCAGGAGGAGGAAGAAGAAGAAGACCCACAGCCCCUUAAGACAAGCUGAGGAAACCCCAUUGAAUCCAGCACAGAGGUCACUGCACUCCAGCUCUUCUCGCAGUCGUCACACAACACUGCUGUCAAUGGUUUUGUGAUUGAAGUGAGUGGAGAUGCUGGUUAGAUUCAUCUAAGAACUUUGAGAAAUGUACUCAAACAUAUAGGGAUUUAAGGAACUGAGCUCUGUGACUUAACAUAGAUAACUGUGACUACUGAUUCAAAGUAGAUGAAGAUGUUUUCAGUGUUCCACGUAAACAAAUUUUAGUGACAUUCAUUCAUGCAACGGUGAGAACACAAGCAGUGCCAAGUAGGAAACCCUAGUAACUGAAUCUAUUGGAAAAGAGAAGUACAAGACCUCAAAGACAACAGUACAGGGAAAAAAAUAGGAAUUGAUACAACUUGUGUCAGCAAAACAAGUGUGGGGGGGGGGACGUAGAGAAGUGCAUUGACUCACGACACACAAACAUCAGUAAAACUGCAUAACACACCAGAACACAUUUGAAUUCUAGUCACCAUUCUCUCCCACAUCACAUAGUAUUUAAAGUUGUAGACAGAAAAGCAACAACACAGAACUCAAGCUUAUGUGUCAGGGUUGGUUUGAAAUCAAUUUCUCUCCAUUCAUAUCACCUAACAAACGUUUUCUGGAUUUUGUACUAAACACAAGUAAGUAUUAACAGAUCUUUCUUUAUUAUAAGCAUCAGCUAUCACAGGCUGGCUAUAGUUUAACAACAAUAAUAAGCAACAAUAAAUAUAUUCCAUUGAGUUAUUUAGAUCUCAGUUUAUUCUCUUCUUAAAUCAGUUUUUUAGUUUUAUAUAUUUUUAUGGAAGGAUUCUGGCUUUUCUUUUAUCCAUAACACACAGCAGACACUCAGCAUCUUGCACCAGAAACAACACAUGACACUAUAGAAAAAAAAACCUUGGGAAAGUGCAGAAAAAACUAAAAGCACAGAUCAUGUAUCCUGUCAUCUUCUGUGCCCAACUCCUCAUCGGCUCCAGCUAAAGGGGUGUGGUCAUUUGACCGUGCUACUGUGAACAAUUUUAGAUUUCCAACAAAGUGCUCAGUCUGCUCCAGUACUCCAGGGACAUGCAGGACAAUGCAACUAACUUCAGUCUGUGUUCUUCACGUCUGUUUUUGAUAUACAUACAUGUGCGUGAACACAAUAACUCAAGUGACAUGCUAGAAUGUAGAACAUGAACCACUCACAGUGUGUGUUAUUUCAAUGACUAAUGCUCAUCAGUGCAAUUACUGUAUAAGGUUAUACAGGAUAAGGUCAUGUUUUUUCAGUUUUAUAAUGUCAGUGCAUAAAUCAGUAUAAUUUCUGUCUUAUAUAUUUAUUAUUUAUUUGUGUAUGUAUACAUACAUAUACAUUUAUGUAUGUAUAUAUAUGCAUCCGCACAAACACACAUAGUUGUUCAUAGAUGUCUUUCAUUAUGCGUUCAUCCACAAAUAAUAUUUGCUGUAACGCAGUAAUGGAAGAUGGACGUCUGUCUGUUUAGUUUUUCAGCACUUAUAUAGAUUUAACUUAGGGGAAACCACUGUAAAUAAUAAUUAACAAUAUUCUUUUAUGAAGUGAACUUUAAAAGAAGAAUAUUUUAAAAUACUUGUUACUGGUUGUCAUUCAAACACACGUGCAUCCAUUACUAUAACUCUGUCUCCAUGAAACCAGUGGCCACCUGUUGCCCUUAGAGGUGUCAGUUUCAACAUGUGGCCACGAAAAGCCAUAGAUCAACAUGCAGUAUUUUAAGAAAGCCAAUAGACUGAUUCACUGUCGCUGAUGUAAAGUCAGCUGGUAAUUGGACGUUUUGUUUUGUUUCGUUGCCUCUGGUUCAUCAUGGGAAAAACGCUUUUACCUUUUUGGAACAAUGAAAAUAAGCGACAUCUACCCAAUGACCUCUGGAGUUGAAUGUCCUACAGCUUCAAGAAAAUUAAAAAAAAUAAUAUGACUGUAGUUCCCUGCUGAUUUUUUAUUAUUUGAAAAUAAUCUGAAAGUAAUUCACCAGAUUCUAGUUAGAAAUCAACAGGGAAGUUUUUGCUCUGAUAUUAAUGUGUGAUAUGUUGAAAAAAUGUGAAAACUAAAUGCCAGAAUACAGUUAACAAGACCUCUGAGUAUGUUAUACCGUUUGAACAUAGGAUAGAUAUAUGUAUGAUGCUGUACUGUGAUCAGCUCUGCUUGAAGGAAAACUAGUCAGGAGUCCACUGAGAGGAAUUCAGUGUAAUCUAUGUAAGAGGAAAAGAUGCAUGUUGUUGUAAUGUUAAAACUGCAUAUAUACAUGGAUGUAACAUUGACUGUUUCUUCCCCUAAUCUUGGUACGGCACUUAAAGAAAGGAACAGAUUCAAUAAUGUGGCUUCCACAAUUCAUAACUAUAAGAUUUACAGUUAUGAAACAGAUUGUCUAAGUUUAGGGCUUUGACUUUGUUAUGUAUUUUUUUUAGUUUGUUUGGAAAUAGUUUCUAAAUUUAAUCACAAUCUGCUUAUCCUUCAGCCAUAUUUAUAGAUCAUUUUGUGAUUUUUUUUCAUAAUAACAUUAUAAAUAUCUCCUUAUUAGUAGAUCUUAUUAAUGAAAUGUGGAAGUGAAAAUAAGAAAAGAGGGUUUUACUAAUGCAACGCUCCUCCCUUAUUUUAGAGUUAAUCAUCUCUCCGAUGAUGAAUGUUCACCUCAUUCUUUCUGUGAAAGAUUUGUGAAAGGUCUUGACUAAUUAUCAAGUCUCUCUCUGUGUUGGCAUGAAUGUGGAUCCGGUCUGAUGUCCUGUGUCAAGGUUUUGCUUUGGGGCGCACUACAGGCAGCCUACAGCAGGGUGCAGUGCGAGCUGCUGUUACCAACGUUGUUGGAAUAAAUCUGUGCUACGAACAAAUUUUUCAAUAAACUCAAAUUUGAUUA